AUGACUGCCGGUUCUGAAGAACACGAGCCCCUAAUUACCUCGUCGGUAGACCAGCAAAGGGUUACUUAUAAUAAUUCACCCCAAGAUGGCAAUACGCCAAGCGGCAGUCCACGAACGAGCGGUGGGGAAGUCACCCUCGCGAUUCCGCAUAACAGAAGCUAUGGCGCCAUCGGAGGUGUGGAAAAAGUCACUUACACCUGGGCCGACAUCAACGCCUUCGCAACUGAAACGAGAUCAAGGAAUAAAAGGUUCUGGAAUUGCUGGAAAACAUCAUCAGACAGAAUGUUCCAACAGCGGAAGCAACUAUUGAAAACCAUAAACGGCGCGGCAUAUCCGGGGGAGCUUUUGGCGAUAAUGGGAUCAUCAGGCGCCGGGAAGACUACACUCCUUAACACCCUAACGUUCAGGACACCAAGCGGAGUAGUGGCGAGUGGUACCAGAGCGCUGAACGGCCAGCCAGCAACACCAGAAGCGUUGACAGCGCUCUCAGCUUACGUACAGCAACAGGAUUUAUUUAUUGGCACACUCACUGUAAAGGAACAUUUGAUAUUUCAGGCUUUAGUACGAAUGGACCGGCAUAUUCCUUACGCACAACGCAUGCGCCGAGUUCAAGAAGUGAUAUCGGAGUUAGCGCUAUCAAAGUGCCAAAACACAGUGAUUGGUAUAAGUGGCCGACUAAAGGGUAUUUCUGGUGGCGAGAUGAAACGGCUGUCUUUUGCUAGUGAAGUCUUGACUGACCCACCACUCAUGUUCUGUGACGAACCAACUUCCGGCUUGGACUCUUUUAUGGCACAGAAUGUUAUACAGGUGCUAAGUGGGCUUGCUAAGAAGGGCAAAACGGUGAUAUGCACCAUACACCAGCCUUCCUCCGAAUUGUACGCGAUGUUCGAUAAACUUCUCAUCAUGGCUGAUGGCAGAGUCGCCUUCCUCGGAUCACCAGACCAAGCCACUGAGUUUUUCAAAGAUUUGGGAGCAGCGUGUCCUGCCAACUAUAAUCCAGCUGAUCACUACAUCCAGCUGCUAGCUGGCGUCCCUGGAAGAGAGGAGACCACACGACACACGAUAGACACCGUUUGCACAGCCUUCGCUAAGUCAGAGAUUGGGUGCAAAAUCGCUUCCGAGGCUGAGAACGCUAUGUUUACAGAACGCAAAAUCUCGAAGGGCUGGGCGGAUUCAGCGUGGUCAAAUGCAGCAGCUUUCAGGGCUCGCAGGUCUCCGUACAAAGCGUCCUGGUGCGCCCAGUUCCGGGCGGUGUUAUGGCGAUCCUGGCUGUCUGUCACUAAAGAACCGAUGCUGAUUAAAGUGCGAUUCUUGCAGACCGUCAUGGUGUCAAUUCUGAUCGGAUUGAUAUACUUCGGACAAAAUUUGGACCAAGACGGUGUGAUGAACAUAAACGGAGCUAUCUUCCUGUUCCUAACUAACAUGACUUUCCAGAACAUUUUUGCGGUCAUUAACGUAUUCUGUUCAGAGCUGCCGAUCUUCAUUCGCGAGCACCAUUCAGGGAUGUACCGGGCAGACGUGUACUUCCUCUCGAAGACGCUCGCGGAGGCUCCCGUGUUCGCGACGAUACCACUCGUCUUCACGACUGUAGCUUACUACAUGAUUGGCUUGAACCCCGCUCCCGAACGCUUCUUCAUUGCAUCUGGCCUGGCCGCGCUGAUCACCAACGUUGCUACAUCAUUCGGUUACCUGAUAUCCUGUGCAAGCAGCAGCGUCAGUAUGGCAGCAUCCGUAGGCCCUCCUAUCAUCAUACCAUUCAUGCUGUUCGGAGGGUUCUUCCUCAAUUCAGGAUCUGUGCCACCUUACCUUGGCUGGAUUUCGUAUCUAUCGUGGUUCCGAUACGGGAAUGAGGCCCUACUCGUUAAUCAAUGGACUGGCGUGGAAAGCAUUGCUUGCACCAGAGAAAACUUCACUUGCCCAGCUUCUGGCAAAGUGGUUUUGGAUACUCUGAGCUUUUCUGAGGAUGACUUCAACAUGGACGUUAUAAAUAUGGUGCUGCUCUUCAUCGGUUUCCGCUUCUUGGCAUAUCUGGCUUUGUUGUGGCGCACGCGCAGAGGAAAAUAA